AUGGUUAAACGUAGAAGAGUGAAGAAAGAAGCCGACGAAGAGCAUGAUUCACAAGAAGCAUAUCAUGAAGAGGACACAAAUAUUGAGGACGACGAAGUAGUGUCAGUGGACGACGUCGAAGACGAAGACAAUGAAAUUAGUCGAAGGAAGAAGAAAAGAAAAACCAAUGCUUCGAAUGUUGUUAAAGACGAGGACGAUUCGGAUGUAGAUGUGAAUAAUGAUGCAGCUGCUCAGGAUGAAGACGAAGAUGCCCCAGUUGAUGACGAAGAUGACGAGGAGGACGGAGAAGGAGAAGAGGAUGAAGACGAAGAGGAGGGAACAGCAGCUAUCGAAACUGGAGAAGAAGGAACUACUGCCGAAGGCGGGAAAAGGAAAAGAGGCCGUAAGAAGAAGGAGAAGAAAUACUACUACAACGAAGAAGAAGUUUUCGAUGCCGAUGGCAACCCACGAAGUACAGAAAAUGAUGAAGUAUAUAUCCCAAAUGAAGAUCCAAAAGGUAAAGAAAAAAUUGAUGAAUUGGGCUAUUUAAAAGGCGGAAGGGAGUUGCGAAUGAAGACUUUUAAAAUCCUUGGUGAAGGUGAUAGAUUAUACGUUAUAUCAACCAUUCCUGCACGUAUGGUAGGUUUUAGAGAUUCAUAUUUGUUAUUCAAGACUCAUCGUACAUUGUUUAAACGGGUAUGCGAUGAUAACCAGAAAAUGGACUUGAUCAAUCGUGGCAUAAUUCCUAAUUCGUAUAAAGGCAGGGCGGUGAAUUUAGUUAGCGCACGGUCGAUUUUCCGAGAAUUUGGCGCCAAGAUGAUUAAAGAAGGUAAGAAGGUUAUUGACGAUUUUUGGGAACAACGCGCGAUUGAUAAUGGUGAUAUACCUGGAGAAUAUGCUGAUCCUGAUGAGCUAUACAAGAAUAAAUUGUCCAAUGUUUUGGGCGAAGGUAUAGGUGGUGGUAGUGGAAGCGGGGGAAUUGCUCUGGGAGGUAAUGCAACACCAAUGGCCCCUGCGACUUUGGUUGAUCAUCAAACUGAUCACACAUGGAUUCAUCAAAUUGCAUCGCAAACUUCGGAGUAUAAUCACAAGUUGGCAGAGUUGCGCUCACAAGUUGUUGCCAAUGGGUAUAGAGACGUGUUUACCAAUAUUGUCCAGUUCCCCAAGUCAACCCAGUCCCAACGCUAUAAAAUUGAUAAAAUUGAUAGUAGUGAUAACACUGAGAAGGACAAUGACACAUUGACAUACGACGUCUACUACAAGAGCAGAGAUUUAAGGCGACCAAUCACAGGAUUGGCAAGUGUACCUAAAGAAAUUAUCGAUGAAAUUGAUGACCAAGAGAUCAAACAAGCUAUACUUGAUCAACAGAAAUACGAGAUUGCGUCUGUAUUAUAA